AGGUGCCGUUUCCUGGGAAACAAGGGCAGGCCCCGGCCCCUCGCGCUCCUGACAGAUUGUGCUGCGGUCCUUCCGGAGCUGAGCUGCCCACGGAGGUACCAGCGACCAGGAUGUCCACACUGAACCUCUACCCCCCGAAACCCGAGGAGGCCUUGUGCCUGUCACCCAGGGAGUCCCCGAGCUGCCAGCGGCGCCACACGCUGCCCGCCAGCGAGUUCCGCUGCCUGACUCCCGAGGACGCGGUCAGUGUGUUUGAGAUCGAGCGGGAAGCCUUCAUCUCAGUCUCGGGCGCCUGCCCCCUGUACCUGGAUGAGAUCCGGCACUUCCUGACCCUGUGUCCGGAGCUGUCCCUCGGGUGGUUCCAGGAGGGUCGCCUUGUAGCCUUCAUCAUCGGCUCACUUUGGGACAAGGAGAGACUCACGCAGGAGUCGCUGACGCGGCACCAGCCCGGGGGUGGCACGGCGCACCUGCACGUGCUGGCGGUGCACCGCGCCUGCCGGCAGCAGGGCAAGGGCUCCGUCCUGCUGUGGCGGUACCUGCAGCACCUGGGGGCCCAGCCCGCCGUGCGCCGGGCCGCGCUCAUGUGCGAGGACGACCUGGUGCCCUUCUACCAGAAGUUCGGCUUCGAGAGCCUGGGCCGGUGCGCCGUCACCGCGGGCGCCCUGGCCUUCACCGAGCUGCGCUGCUCGCUGCGGGGCCACGCCUCCCUGCGCAGGAACAGCGGCUGCUGA